UACUCAUUCUUGGACAGAAAAUGCCUUUCAAGAGAUAUGGCGUCUUUUUGUUCACCAUCGUUGCUGUUGUUUUGCAUGGACAAGACCAUAAUGAUCCGCCCGUCCAUUGUGUCAGUUGCCAUAACGUUCAUGACGCUCGUGUGUGUCCACAUCUUAUCCAGUGUGAUGGCGAGUGUUUUGAGCGAACAGAGGACCAGAAUGGGACACGGACAAAAUCAUACGGCUGUGUAAAGAGAAAGGAUUGUACUGCUUCAGCCAGUAUUAUCGGAAGAAGAAGUUCUCUAUCAAACACAACUACAUACUGCAAGAAAGAAUUGUGCAACAAAGAUAUACACCACUUCAUCGUACCACCAACUGAACCGUGUGUAGACAUAUCGGUGGGAGAUUGCAGAGACCCUGCAGCAUUGGCGGCCAUCUGCAGCGAUUGUGAAUUGGCUCAGUAUUGCCGAAAAUCAUGUGGACUUUGCCAAGAACACACAGGGACCACUACUUGGUCGGAAAAUCUCGUUUUGUUUGACUACUAUCCAGCUCAUAACCAAUGCAACUAUAGUCAAGCAAUAGGGCCUUCCAUUUGUCACAGCAUCAAGGCUCACGGGCGAGCAGAACAGCACGCAGGUUACCUCAAUCUUCCAACGUACGAUAGUCUUGUACACGUCCAUUUUACAACAAAUGGCGAACCUCUUACUAACCUACAACUUCUCUCCUGUCAGACGACUGGAAAAGGCCGCGUGGAUAUUAUACUAAACAACGCAACCAUUGCUGAGGCUUACAAUGAAACCAGUGUAUGGGCCUGGGAUUGGACUCUUCAUGAACUAAACCCGGCACAACAUAAGGGUACUCAUAACUACACGUUGGUCAUCGUGAAAGACAGGAAAGUUAGAAGUUAUGGCCACUACUGGCUUAGAAACAUCAGACUUGAAACUACGGUAGUCCACCAUGGGCAUAAUUAAUGACAAAAACAAGGAAAUAUCGGAAUAAAUUGAAAAUAUG